AUGGAUGACCUGGUGAGACUAAGGAAUACCCUGCUUCAGAAUUACACAAAGGAUUUUCGGCCAGUUUAUAACCUCAGCGAUGUCACAUACGUAGCACUUGAUAUGAUAUUGAUAUCUGUUCUAGACCUAAACGAGAUAGCGGGCACAAUUACGCUUAAUUGCGGCCUCUCAAUGUUAUGGACUGAUUAUCGCUUGGUUUGGAAUCCAAGUGACUUCAGCGGCAUUACUUCAUUUGUGUUCAAUUCAUCAAAUAUAUGGAAACCUAGAGUUUAUAUUACAACAUCUUCUGAAGAUUUAUCUGAUUUUUCUUUCGAUGCCUUUGACGUUCGAGUGUAUGCAAAUGGCAGCGUGUUGUCCUCCCCAGGUCGACACGUGAAGGCUAGCUGUAGUUUCGACAUGACGAAAUUCCCGACCGAUUCGCAAACAUGUACUAUGCAACUCGCAUCGUGGAUGUAUACAGUUAAUGAAAUGUAUUUUUUAAUAGCACGUCCAAAUAUGAAUCUUGCUUAUUACAGACCUAACGGAGACUGGGACGUAGAUUGGACAUCAGUGACAAACAAUACUGAUUUAGGAAGAUAUUUUGCGAUAAUUGACUUUUCUAUUCACUUGACGAGACGCUCUGGAUAUUUUAUGGUAUCCAUGACCAUGCCCGUGCUACUUCUGUGUUUUCUCAACCCAUUUGUAUUCGUCCUGCCGGCCUCCUCGGGUGAGAGGAUUUCAUACACAAUUACUGUGUUCCUAUCCUUGGCCGUAUAUAUGACACUCAUCGGUGAGAACAUACCACAAGUUUCAGAACCGAUGGCGGGUGUUUCCUAUUUUCUUCUUGUGGCUAUGUUAAAUAGCUGUGUGUUGAUCGUGUUGACAAUAUUCUCCCUACGCUGCGACUCUGUAACCGAUAUAUGUAAGUUUCCAGCCUGGUUACUAUGGCUAGCCUCCCGUCGUGGAGGUUGUCAGUCAACAAAUGUAAAUAAUAAAGUUGAUAACACUAACGAAGAACGUGUUGUCAAUGUGAAGGAGUUUAUAGAUGCGACGAACGAUGAAAUUGCGAGCGGCGAUCAGGUACUUGGAAACAAUAUGAGGAAAGAGGAGGUGAUGUACUUCAUUGACAAAAGUCUGUUUUGCUUAACACUUUUGAUGAAUUUGAUAACAUGUAUAGUGUUUGCUCUAUACUACUGGUUGUAG